AUGGCACGUACUGAGGUGACGUUCGCCACCGACCCGUACCCGCCGCCGGCGAGCUCGUCCUCGUCCACGUACCACUACCACCAGCAGGUGACGUCGCAGGCGCACUCGCAGUCGCACCAGGUGGUGCACCGCGCGUCUCCGCUGUACCAGCCGGCGGGCAAGGUGAUGGGCGUGGUGGGCGGCGAGACCAUCUUCCUCAAGUCGGACCCGACGCUGAGCUCCUCGUCGUCGGUGGUGAUCAAGAGCUCUCCGUCGCCGCCGGGCGCGGCGCCGCCGGCCAUGAUCUACGGCUACGAGCCGGCGGGGCCGCCGCCGCAGCCCAGCUCUCCGCAGAUCGCGACGCUGUACGGCGCGGGCGGCGCCUCCUACCAGAUACCCUCCUCCAGCAAGGAGCCCGCCGCCUUUCUCUGGACCACCGCCGGCGACUACAUGAGCGGCGCCACCGGCACCGCCUCCCUCAACUACGUGCCCUACACGCCUAACGGCGGCGCCGGCUCCACCGCCACCACGCUCGCCUUCAUGGAUAUCGGCGAUGCCAGCAUCGACCAAGGUCUGGCGUCGGCGGGCGACAUCAAGGAGUGCGUCAACUGCGGCUCGAGCGUGACGCCGCUGUGGCGGCGCGACGGCACGGGCCACUACCUCUGCAAUGCGUGCGGCCUCUACCAGAAGAUAAACGGCGUCAACCGGCCGCCCGUGCGCUCCCAGCAGAAGAAAAGCAGCUCGCAACCCGGCAACCGGCGAUGCGGCGUGUCGUGCGCCAACUGCAACACCACGACGACCACCCUGUGGCGGCGCAACAACAACGGGGAGCCCGUCUGCAACGCCUGCGGCCUCUACUUCAAGCUGCACAACGUGAACCGGCCGCUGAGCAUGAAGAAGGACGGCAUCCAGACCCGCAAGCGCAAGCCCAAGACGCCGGCCACGAGUCGCGACAGCCCGCCCACGCGUGGCGGACACGUGGAGCACGUGCUGCACUCCGGCCGCCAAGUAGUCGUCGCCGAGUGA